UCUACAUGUUUUGUUAGUCUUUAAGGUGCUGCUAAACUAUUUGUUGGUUUUUAAGUUUUUCCUCUGAGACUUGUUUACAGUGUGUGAUAACACUUUCUUUGGUCUCUUAUUUUGGACUGUUUUUGGAAGAAAAGUUAAACACCAGCCAUUUCCGAAGAAGGGAGCAAAGUCACGAAAUAAAAUCUGCUGUUCAAUAAUUUUGCUAUUUGAAAAAAAAAACCGAAUCCUUCUUUUAUGGUGGAGGCACAUAAUCGUAAUCUAGUAAAAAUAUGUUUUAAAUUCUAUAUGUAAAAAAAUUAUAACAGAGCGAUUCCUACCGGCCGAGGGACACCUCUGAAAUGCGGUGUUUUCUCCUAUGAAACUUUCUUGUUAGUUUUAAAACUCUCUACAUUUUUCUCUGUUGUAGCAAGAGUUUGAAAGUCUGGGGCUCGCUGGGAUCUCAUUCUCAGCAUGUCAAGCCCCAGAUCAGAAACUCACCACCCUUUCCCCCCCUUACAGCAGCCUCAUUAGCCAACCUUGUAUUUGGGGUGGAGGGUGUUCUGCUUCUUUUAGUUCCCCUCGCCUGCUUUGCUGCACGUUUGCAAAUUUGUUUUGAGAUCACUUUACAAAAGGAAGCUGGCUCCUCUAAGGGAUGCUAAUUACAGAUUUUCCUGAGUGACAGCCUGUUUUUUUCCCAAAGAGUCAGGAAGAAGGGAAACUUUAGAGUUCUUCUCAGACUCUUGGGAAAGGCAUUUCUAAACAACCUCAAACACUCCAAAUAAGCAGCUACCCAUUCGAAGACACACAGACAAUAUUUUGUAAGACACGCCAAAGGGGGUUGGUAUUGUGACUGCAAGGUAUAUUGUACAUACCUGGAGAGGAACCACUGAAGAGGGACCAGAGCAGUGUACCUAACCCUUGAAAGGCAAAAUGUAUUUGUGAGCAAAGCAUAAAUCUGUAAACAGGUCUAUUAUAGUCAGUGUGAACAUGCUAAAUUAAUAGAGAGGUAGCCGUGUGAGUCUGAUCUUGCUACAUUAACAGAUCGGUGCGCUACAAUCCAAGACAGUCUUCGAGUUACUGCUGACCACAACCGCUUUAUUUGGCUGAGGAUUUCUUGCAAAACCACGGAGAACGGCUGAAUGGCAACCUGGACUUCAAUAGAGAGCGCUGAAGCUCAGCGCUUUCCUUUUCUGUAACUUUAUUCCCUUAUCAGCGCGCUGGCUUUCUUACCGUAUUCAUUUCAAAGGGGGCUUGCUGCCGGUUUAUGGCCCUAAAUAACCUGGAACCGUACAGAUGUAGCCUUUCCAAUGUUUGGAUAACGGUAUCCCGACUGUUUGAAGGGGUCCGGGCAGGGGUUUUAUUUAUUAAACUUUUUUAUGUCUCCCUCUGAUAUAUUUUAAAAUGGGCGUUCACCUUAAAGCAGUAAAGUUCCCCUGUGGGAACCGAACAGUUAUAGAUCAGGUUCCCACGGGAGUCUCCCCUGAGGGGCGGGGAGUCCGGCGAAUACUGUACAAAGAGACGCGUGGCUUUUCAGGCUACCUGCUCCAGUCCGAAGGUCUCCUUUUCAGAAGGGUUUGUGGGUUACAGCCUGCAUCAAAGGCAGUCCUUUAAUAACCUGUUUCACACCGAAUUCCUCGCCAGUCUCGUUUAUUUAAAGGGGGCUUGAAUAAAACGACUAGACCAAGAGGUAAACUCACAGCCUAUGUCUGCGGCUUCUUGAGGGCGGUUAGUCAAAAAAUCCUUCUGCUGGAUACAGAGAAUAACUCGCCGAGACUGGGAAUUUCGGACCAGUCGUUCGCAAACGGUUUUAUUUAAUCCAAAGAACACAUUUUCCUACCAUAUAAAACCCAGCUGAAUGUGGCCAAAGGGUUCCUACGCGCUGGCAAAUGCCUGUUAAAUGGCUUCAUUACCACUUUAAUGGCCUCUUUAACAGUUUCAAUGAUCUGCUGCGAGGACUCUGGAAGGCUUUUGACACCAACUUGUGUAAAGUUACUCAGGGAUUGGGAAGGGGGGGGUAGAAAUUUUACACUUCCAGGAGGGGUUUGUGGCACUGACAGCUGGGACGCAUCUGUAACGGUACAAGUUUGUCUGAAAGCAGAAAAUUAGCAACUUCGAAGCACUGCUCUACUGCUGUGUCUCCAACACCAUCAGGCCACAGGAAAAAAAGAGCAAAGGAGUGGAAAAGAGAUUUUCUAAGGCAAAACAACUACAAAUUGUCUUUUGUGAGUAACUUUCCUGGCAGGAUCAGCGAACACCAAACCCUGAAAUGUAGUCGAAGUGCCCCCUCUUCAUUCUUACCUGACAGUGGUAUUGCUCCGCAGGAAUAAUUUGUUAGCGUUAUGUGUUUUUUUUUCAUUGUAUAAAUAAUCUAAUCAAAGGGCAAAACAUCCCCCGGGAAAACGAAGCAAACGGAUCCGAUCACACCUAUACAAACAAAGUGAUUCAGUCUGGUUCGAACCGCAGCCCUGCUUGUAAGAAAAUCAAGUGAUUCAAAGUAACCGUUCACCAUUCAGUUCCUGGGAAUAGGGGGAUUAAGGUGAGGCUGUAGCUUGUUUACUGCAUAACCUGUUGGAAGACGCUUAUACGCAGGAAAUGUCACGUUUGGGGGUCUCUCUCCUCCCGAUUUUUAUUUUUUUCACGCCAAAUUGCGAAUCUCUCCCGCUGGAGUGGUGGUGACAAUCACUACCCCGAAAAAGUGUAUGCAAGUUCCAAUGUAAUAAACUCAUCAGACAGUCCCAAGGAGCGGUGCCUAGCAAGUUGUCUCCUGGGGAAUGGAGGGGGUUUGCCCAGACAACCUCAGUAGGGGUUGUGGAGGGAUAUGCUAAUAAAGACUAGCCUCUCUGGACCAGCCUCCCGUAACAAGAUGUCUAUAUAAAGAGCCCCGUGCCACAGAGAAAAGACACUUGGUCGGGCCGACCCAAUUACUGAGGAAAUUGCCCAAGAAAACUGCAGCGAGGCUGGCCGAGCCGGGUUCCCUGCUGUCCAGCCCUAACCCCCAAAGAUGGAGGUGAUGGACAGUUGCCAGUUUUCUCCAUCCGAGUUCUUCUAUGACAGCUCCUGCAUCCCUUCCCCUGAAGGCGACUUCGGGGAUGAUUUCGAGCCGGGGCUGGCUGCCUUUGGAGCCCACAAAGCGGAGGGGCCGGGCUCCGACGAAGAAGAGCAUGUCAGAGCCCCCACGGGGCACCACCAAGCCGGCCACUGCCUCCUGUGGGCUUGCAAAGCCUGCAAGAGGAAGUCCACCACCAUGGACCGAAGGAAGGCGGCCACCAUGCGCGAGAGGAGGCGGCUGAAGAAAGUGAACCAGGCUUUCGACACGCUGAAGAGGUGCACCACGGCCAACCCCAACCAGCGGCUCCCCAAAGUGGAGAUCCUGAGGAACGCCAUCCGAUACAUCGAAAGCCUGCAGGAGCUCCUGAGAGAGCAGGUAGAAAACUACUACAGCCUGCCGGGCCAGAGCUGCCCGUCGGAACCCACCAGCCCAACGUCCAGCUGCUCCGACGGGACGACAAAAGCACCGCCCUGUCCAGCUUGGACUGUUUAUCCAGCAUCGUGGAUCGCAUCUCUUCCACCUCCGAGCAAGCUGCUCUGCCUCUUCGGGACACCGCCUCCCUCUCGGCAAACGCCAGCCUCGAUUCCCAGCCGGCUACCCCUCGGACCUCUCACUCCAGGCUCAUUUACCACGUAUUAUGAGCGCUGAGCCUCUGAACCAGCCUCAGCCACUGUUCUUACGUGGGAAGGAGGAAACUCCCACCGUGGAGCAGCCGGGCCUCCCGGAGAACGAACGGCCCAUGAGGCACGUGGAAUCCAGGCGUUUCAAAAUAUGUAUAUACAGGAGGAGCUUUGGAAAUUGUAUAUUUGUGAAUGAUAUUGCCACGUUACCAGGAGAUGUAUUUGACUAAAGCAUUGGUGACACACUGUAGUACUUAAAAAAAAAACACUUGUAUUAUAUUGUUACCAGGCUAACUUUUUGGCCAACAUACAUAAGCUGUGAACAGAAGGCUGUCAGAAGUGACUCCCUGCAAUGCUUACUUCAUAAUCAUUUUUUCUUAACGAUCUUGUUUGGAGGAAGCACUUUCAUUCCUCCUGAAACAGCCAAGCAAGUAAGAGCUCACUUGCAAACAGUGCUCAGAAUAUUCGCCCCAUAGGACACAAAUGUAUGCCAUACAUAGAAACCACUGCUGUCUAAUGCUGUAUAUUUUAUUUCCUUCCAGGGGAUGCUUUUUGUUGUAAGCAGGUCAGUAUUUGGGGUGGGGGUGUUCCUCAAAAUAAAAGCAAUUGAAAUGGUCAAAGGCUGGGAAUACAUGGUAUUCUGAAAAUCCUGCUAUAAAUAAAACGUGUUCUGCUGGAA